CGUCUUCGUAACGUCUGACGUCAUAUGGCGCCAACGUUAACAACAUCCGGAAACAUGCGGAAAACAACUCCAUACUUGCAAUUAUUUGGUUCUGCAUUUGUCGUUUCCUUACUUGCAUUGAUUUAUUACGAGAGAAAAAGAAAACUUAGUAAGGAGGAGGGUAAAGGUGCUGGUUGCAAUCACAAGAACGAGGAGCAUGAAAAUAAUCGCCAUGACAACGAAGACACAUCUGUGCAUAUAAAACAAGAAACAAUUGAUAAUGUCGCAUCAAACUCCACUCUGACCGGUUACAGCAGUUUAGAGGAUGAUGACUCAGGUAUGCAAUCAUGCCGGUCAACUGACAGCAGCACGAGCGCCUACAGUACUGCAUCAGACGACACUUGCCCAUUUCCGGUAGGAGAAUUUUCCACAUACAAACAACUAACAGUCGACAGAGAUUUAACAGACUUCGACCUGCAGGAAAUUCUAAAUUCUCCGAUUGUUGAAAGUCAUUAUAUAGAUGAAAGAAUGAGCAGAUCUCCAAUAAAACUAUGUGACGAGUUUAGUCAAUUCAAUAACUGCGAAGAUUGUACUAACGUACCCGGCGCGGUAGAAUCAACGAAUGUUAACUCUAUCAUUGUGGCCUACAGUGAUAUUGUACCUCCAUUAUGCCCUAAUACAGGGGACACAAUACUUCCCUCAAAGAUAUCAAAUACGUGAUUGAGUUACCGUUACUAGUCAAUAAAAAUGUACGUUUUAAUCAA